UAAUUCCUCCCACUUUAUAUUCUUUCGUCAAGUUAUGAAUUGGCCUUCCUUGAAGUACUGCAUCUUUGGUUAACCCUUCUCCAGCUCACAGAUGUGAAGCUGUAAUUUUUUCCGGACUCUGGUAAAUUCAUUUCAAAUUCAUAUCUAACACCCCCUCAUUAUUUCGUCACAGACCCUCAAAGAAACCUUGACUUAUGGUGUUGGAUAUUUACACGAAGGACUUUCGGAUACUGAAGUGAAAGUGGUCGAGCAACUCUUCACAUCUGGAGCAGUUCAGCUUUUGGUUGUCUCACGAAACCUCUGCUGGGCAGUCACUUGCUACUCAUAUUUAGUUGUUAUCAUGGACACCUUGUACUACGAAGGGAAAAUACACACGUAUAUGGAUUAUCCCGUUACCGAUGUUCUUCAGAUGGUCGGAAGAGCAAACAGGCAACUCAUUGAUGAUGCAGGAAAAGCUGUUAUCCUUUGCUUGUCAUCAAAAAAGGAAUUCUACAAAAAGUUCCUUUAUGAGCCGCUACCAGUUGAAUCACAUCUGGAUCACUGCUUACACGAUCACUUCAAUGCCGAAGUUGUUACCAAGACGAUCAGCAAUAAACAGGAUGCAGUUGAUUAUUUAACAUGGACGUUCCUUUACCGCAGAAUGACACAGAACCCGAAUUACUACAAUUUGCAAGGUGUAUCGCAUAGACACUUGUCUGAUCAUCUUUCGGAGAUGGUGGAGAACACUCUCAGCGACCUAGAACAAUCUAAGUGUAUCUCGAUUGAAGACGAGAUCAACGUGUCUCCCUUGAACCUUGGCAUGAUUGCUGCUUACUACUACAUCAACUACACGACCAUCGGUAAGCCUGAAUCAUGGUUCUAGUAUUUACUUAUUACCAUUUGCA